AUGGCACUCACGCUUGCUGCUCACAAGACACUCCCACGCCGCAAACUGGUGCUAGUCGUUCUUGACGGUGUUGGUAUUGGCCCCCGUGAUGAGUACGAUGCCGUCCAUGUAGCCAAGACGCCCCUCAUGGAUGCUCUCUUUAAUGAUCCCAAGCACUUCCGCUCCAUCUGUGCUCACGGCACCGCUGUCGGGCUCCCCACUGAUGCCGAUAUGGGAAACAGUGAGGUCGGUCACAACGCUCUUGGGGCCGGUCGUGUGGUCCUGCAAGGAGCUUCGCUUGUCGACGACGCCCUGGAAAGUGGAGAAAUAUUCACGAGCGAAGGAUACCGCUACCUCCAUGGCGCCUUCUCACAACCUGGACGCACCUUACACCUCAUUGGUUUACUGAGCGACGGUGGUGUGCACUCACGCGACAACCAAGUGUAUCAGAUCCUUAAACACGCUGGUGCUAAUGGGGCCAAGCGCAUUCGCGUGCACGCGCUGUAUGAUGGCCGUGAUGUACCUGACAAGACCUCCUUCAAGUUCACCGACGAACUCGAGGAAGUCCUGGCGAAGUUACGUGAGGGCGGUUGCGACGCCCGCAUCGCGAGUGGCGGUGGUCGUAUGUUUGUGACUAUGGACCGCUACGAAGCGGACUGGUCGAUCGUUGAGCGGGGCUGGCGUGCUCAGGUGCUUGGUGAGGGACGCGCCUUCAAAUCGGCCCGCGAGGCCCUCACUAAAUUCCGUGAGGAAGAUGCAAACAUCUCGGACCAGUACUACCCACCAUUUGUCAUCGCUGGUGACGACGGCCGACCCAUUGGCACCAUUGAAGAUGGCGAUGCCGUGCUCUGUUUCAAUUUCCGUGGAGACCGUGUGAUCGAAAUGUCCCGCGCCUUCGAGGAAGAGGAAUUCGACAAGUUCAAUCGCGUACGCUUGCCCAAGGUGCGCUAUGCAGGCAUGAUGCGCUACGAUGGUGACUUGGGUAUUCCUAACAACUUUCUUGUCCCCCCACCUAAGCUCACGCGGACAAGCGAGGAGUAUCUCAUUGGUUCUGGCUGCAACAUCUUUGCCCUCUCCGAGACACAAAAGUUUGGUCAUGUCACAUACUUUUGGAAUGGCAACCGCAGCGGCAAGUUGAGCGAAGAGCGUGAGACCUUCUGUGAGAUUCCAAGUGAUCGCGUGCAGUUCAACCAGAAGCCCCUCAUGAAGAGCAAAGAGAUCACUGAUGCCGCCGUCGACGCAAUAAAGAGUGGUAAGUACGAUAUGAUCCGCAUCAACUACCCCAACGGUGAUAUGGUUGGCCACACCGGUGACCUUAAAGCAACGAUUACGUCACUUGAAGCCGUCGACCAGUCACUCCAGCGGUUGAAGGAGGCGGUGGACUCCGUGAAUGGCGUGUUCCUCAUAACUGCAGACCACGGAAACUCAGAUGAUAUGGUGCAACGCGACAAGAAGGGUAAACCGGUACGUGAUGCUGAAGGUAAUCUCAUGCCACUCACAUCGCACACACUUGCACCCGUCCCUGUUUUUAUCGGAGGCGCUGGUCUUGAUCCCCGUGUGCAAAUGCGGACAGACCUUCCGCGUGCGGGCCUUGCCAACGUGACGGCAACAUUCAUCAAUCUAAUGGGCUUUGAAGCUCCAUCAGACUACGAACCGUCGCUCAUUGAGGUAGCGUAG